GACGAUUGUUAUUUAUGACGCUGCCGGAACCCCUUGGUGCACCGCAUAGGCAUACCGCAUCUGGCAGGCUUGCGUUCGUCUUAUUUUGAUCUGGAACACCUCAUCUGAUUAUUUAUAUCUCCCCAUGUCCCCCGAAAGUCACGAUGGCCCCGGCCAGACGAUGCCGGACAAUGUCGCCCUGUCGCGCGCCCGGGAUUUCUUCUCCGUCCCUGCGCCGAUAAAACGUAUCUUCGAUCGGUUCCCUCUUACCACAUAUCCUUCGAAUGAUCUUCCUCACUACCAAUGGUCGGAUAAGCGCAGUAAUCGGUUGUUUGUGUUUGCAGAUGCAGCGGGUGCCAGGCGUGGGAGGCCAUCUUUUAACCCGCAAUGUUUGAAGUGGCAGGCAUAUCUCAAAUUUGUCGGAGUCGAGAUCGAAACAAUUCCCUCGAAUAACCAUGCCUCUCCAACCGGCUCUCUUCCUUUCCUUCUUCCCGCUCUUCCAACCGGUACACAGACCCCGAUCCCUUCGGGCAAGCUUCAAAAAUGGGCCAUCGAACAGGUGCACUGCGAGGAGGAACAGCAGUUGAAUAUCCGAUUUGAUGUGUAUUCGUCUUUGCUGGAUCACCGGAUACGAAAUGCUUGGCUAUACGCACUGUAUCUCGACAGUGAGAACUUCCAGGCGGUUGCGCGAAGACUCUACGUGGACCCAUCGACUACCAGCACAUUGGUCCGAGUCGCUCUGGGUACCCAGCUCCAGCAGGCUGCGCGGGACGAACUUCUGAAGUCAUCGCAGUAUAUCGAUGUCGGCGACUUGGAAGCGGAGGCAGGCAAUGCAUUCGAGGCCCUGUCCACUCUAUUAGGCGACAAUCAGCAUUUCUUCGAUCGUCCCAACCCGGGCCUGUUCGAUGCCAGCGUCUUUGCAUACACGCAUUUGAUCCUGGACGAGGGAAUGGGGUGGAAACAAAACCGACUGGGACAGUUGUUGAGGAGACACGAGAACCUGGUACAACAUCGCGAAAGAUUGCUGAACUUCUUUUAGAAUGAGGAUCACUUCCCUAUUGAAUAAUCUCAACUGGCUGAAUGGCCACUUUGUACACUACCAUCAUAACGUUCUCAAU